AUGGGAGUGAUGGCCAGCGCCAUCCAGAUGGUCGAGAACGUCAUGGGCAAGCUUGUGCAGAGCUUGCUCAUGCCGAAAGUUGCCCCCGACUGGUACGCAGGCACGCGCCGCCUCACUCAGUUCCCCGAGGCACCCGAGGAGAGCCUCCUCUUACUCGGGCACGUGAGCAUCGAAGUGGCCGACGUGGAGGCCGCCAUGCGCUUCUUUACGGAGGCCCUCGACUGCAAGGAGGGGCCGGAGGUGGAUGGCGCCAAGGUCGUCCUACUGGGUGCCAGCCAGAUCCGCCUCGUUCCUGCGAGCGCCGAGCGCAAAGACACGCCCUCUGCGGCGGCGUGGCCAGGGCAGUUCUACCUGUGGGUGGAGGAUAGCAAGAAGGCGCUGGCAGCAUGCCAAAAGCUGGAGACAUCGAUAGGCGGCGCCCUGGUGCAAGAAGUGUUCCACCUCAAGGAGGAUGCCAGUGCCGACGUCAUCCUUCUCCUCGACCCAUCCGGCCAGAACAACUUUGCUGUAAAUCAGGCUCCGAUUGGAGGGAUGAGCAAAACCAUGCGAUCCGUGCUGCCCGGCACGGACAAGGUGUCGAACGCCUUGGCGCUGAUCGGCGCCACCUACCCCAUCCCAGAAGGGAAAGCUGGCGCUGUCGUGCGAUUUUACUCGCACUUCCUGAGCGGCGCCAUGACGAAGAGCAAGCAGGGCUACGCUCUGAACUUCUCCCUGGGCAAAGCACUCCACCAGACACUGACGUUCGUGGAGGAGGAGGAUGUACAGAUGCCUGGUGACACCCCGAGUGGCGAGAAGCUGCCGGAAGUCUGCCUCUACGUGCUGUCCCUGGCCCAGCUGAAGCAGGUUUUCGACAAGUGCGCCGAGGCCGGCAUCCUUGAGGGUGCGUCCACCUGGGAGGAGGUGGAGAAGUCGUCGGAACUCUGCUUCUCGCGUUGCCCCGACCCCGCCUCUGAGCCGCGGGAGACGGUCCUGGAGCUGCGGCAUCGCAUCCGAGCGCCCAGCCACUCGCAGUGGCCACUGCCGCGGGACAUGACGACCCGCGCGUCUGAAGUGGCAACAAUCACUGCGCCAGAGAGCCAGUGA